AUGGAUAACGCCGGGGCCGCUGGCCGUGGCCCCCCAGGUGGCAUUCUACCAACGACGAUGGAAGAUGUCCGCAGUUCAGCAGCGCAGGCCCGCGAGCUGCUAGCGCCGGGCGAUGACGACGGAGACCUUCUUGAGAAUUGUUGCCCACGCCUCUCGUACAAGCAACGAAUCACCGGAUGGGCCGCAUGCUUCGCUGUGGGGACCAUAAUAAGUGUAGAGCAAGCAUAUAAUUUCAGCAAGAUUUUUAUCUUUACACAUGAUCGAUGCAUGAUGAUGUGUCGCCGCGUGUGCGACAAUAACGAACAAACUCGGUUUCCUCAUUCAUAAUUCUCACCACGAGUCAAGUAAUAGUUCUCGUUCUUCUAGCACCAGCACACCAUAGAGGAGCUGGAGCAUAGAAUUACUUGUUGACAACUUCCACAGAUUGUAAUUCAUUGUCUUUACGACAGCUCGCAGCGUCCCACCGGUUUCACAGGGACCCCGGCGCUUUUGCUCGGCUAUACACCCUAGGAAAUUUAGUGGCGCUCUCGGGAUCUUUCUUUCUGAUGGGACCAGCUGCGCAGCUCAAGCGAAUGCUGGACAAGGAGCGGAGGUGGACCGUCUUCGCAUUGAUUAUCCUCUUUACCAGCACCAUCACCGUUUCGGUGUUGCUAGACGCGACCAAGUUCAGCACCCGGAUAUUAAUUUUGUUUCUUGUCCUUUUCCAGUACGCGGCCAUGACGUGGUACACUUUGAGUUACAUCCCAUACGCCAGAUCUUGUGUUACGAACUGUCUUCGGGGCUUGCUCUUCUAGCAAAACCCGUCCUGUUCAUGCUGUACUAUCGACAUGCAUAUUAUACCAAUGUAUGUGCGUGCGUCCGCGAGGAAGGCCGGCAUAAUAAUCAGCACGGUCGCCGAAAGUGCUUCCUCGCCCACCCCCCGGGGAGGGGAUCCUUGACCUGUGGCGCUGGGAGCGGGUGUCCACUACAUGAUGACGAUGAUGAUGAAACCACACCGCAGCUAUAUCGUGCUUAUUGAAAAACUGCGCCAUACAAAACUAUUUCCACAGCAGCAGGCCACAAGAACCAAAGCAUAUUCUUCAAGGCAAUCGGAGGGUCGGUGCUCUAUUCGGUCCUCACGGUGCCAACAGUUGUUCGUACAGCGACCGCCUACUGCCACUACUUUGAAAAGACGCAAAUGCAU